UGACGUCAGACGUGCUCCUGUGCAGUCGCUAUGGCAACAUAUUUCCCUAUACCCUCUCUUUCUCUCUCUCUCUCUCUCUCUCUCUCUCUCUCUCUCUCCCUCCCUCCCUCCCUGAUCUGGUAGGUCCACAAUGGUACAGCCAGCAUCUUGCAGCACAAUGGUUGCAAGGUGGUGGUGAGCUGGGGGAAGAGUGAUUCAGCAUCAGCAAACCUCGAUUCUAUCCAUCUCUGGUUCUGUUAUUUCUUUCCUCAUCGCCUUUUCUUUAUCAUCUUGUCCUACUUUCCUUCUUCGCCAUCUUUGCAUAUAACGUCUAAAUGAGGCUUUCGGGUACGAUCAACGCAAUGUUUGGCAUCGGGAUGUUUUGAAAAGGACUGUCACCGGACUGGGAUCGUCAUCAGCUGGCACGGAAUGGUAUUUAUGAGCAGACAUUUCUUAUAUAACUGCAGCCAACCAAUCCUGGAUGUGAAGAUAGCCUUUUGUCAGGUGUGUGUUCCUUACAGGUAAAAAAGGGUUUUGGAAAACAAGUGGAUGUGUCAUAUAUUGCCAAACAUUACAACAUGAGUAAAAGCAAAGUGGACAACCAGUUCUACAGUGUGGAAGUGGGAGACUCUACCUUCACAGUUUUAAAGCGCUACCAGAAUUUAAAGCCCAUUGGGUCUGGAGCUCAGGGAAUAGUGUGUGCGGGCUAUGAUGCUGUGCUGGACAGAAAUGUAGCCAUCAAGAAGCUGAGCAGACCCUUCCAAAACCAGACCCACGCCAAGAGGGCUUACCGGGAGUUGGUGCUCAUGAAAUGUGUCAAUCACAAAAAUAUUAUCAGUUUAUUAAAUGUCUUCACGCCACAGAAAUCAUUAGAGGAAUUCCAGGAUGUGUACCUAGUGAUGGAGCUGAUGGAUGCCAACUUGUGCCAGGUGAUUCAGAUGGAGCUUGACCAUGAGAGAAUGUCCUACCUGCUCUACCAGAUGCUGUGUGGUAUCAAACAUCUGCACUCAGCCGGCAUAAUUCACAGGGAUCUCAAACCAAGCAAUAUAGUGGUGAAGUCAGAUUGCACUCUGAAGAUCCUGGACUUUGGUUUGGCCAGGACUGCAGGCACCAGCUUCAUGAUGACCCCUUAUGUGGUGACUAGAUACUACAGGGCUCCAGAGGUUAUCCUGGGAAUGGGAUACAAAGAGAAUGUGGAUAUAUGGUCGGUGGGGUGCAUUAUGGGAGAAAUGGUGCGCCACAAAAUCCUCUUCCCUGGCCGGGACUACAUUGACCAGUGGAACAAGGUAAUCGAGCAGCUGGGAACGCCCUCUCCAGAGUUCAUGAAGAAGCUGCAGCCCACUGUGAGGAACUAUGUUGAGAACCGGCCAAAGUACGCAGGCCUCACCUUUCCCAAGCUGUUCCCUGACUGCCUUUUCCCAGCUGACUCCGAGCACAACAAACUCAAAGCGAGCCAGGCCAGAGACCUGCUGUCUAAGAUGCUGAUCAUUGACCCGGCUAAACGGAUAUCUGUGGAUGAGGCCUUACAGCACCCCUACAUUAACGUGUGGUACGAUCCAGCUGAGGUGGAGGCGGCCAGAGAUCUCAUCCAAAUAUCCAUGCCUCCACCUCAGAUCUACGACAAGCAGCUUGAUGAAAGAGAACACUCCAUUGAUGAAUGGAAAGAAUUAAUCUACAAAGAGGUGAUGAACUUUGAGGAGAGGACGAAGAAUGGCGUAGUGAAGGGACAACCUUCACCUUCAGGUGCAGCCGUGAACAGCAGCGAGAGCCUCCCUCCCUCCUCCUCCAUCAACGACAUCUCUUCCAUGUCCACCGACCAGACCCUGGCCUCAGACACUGACAGCAGCCUGGAGACUUCUGCAGGACCCCUGGGGUGUUGCAGGUGACUAGCCGCCUGCCUGCGCAACCCCAUGUUCUUCCGAAGGUGAAAAACCUGACUGAAAUGACCCACGGAAAAUGCAAACACAAAAAAAGAGUAAAGAUCAAAAUUAAGAUAUUAAGAACAAAAACAUAAGUUAUGGAAACAGAGAAUCUGAAAUGUUGAAUUCUAAAAGCCUGUGCAUUGUCAUUCAAAAACAGCAUUUAAACUGAAGUAAAUGAGCUGAGAUAUAUGUUACUGA